GACGUAACUCUUGCGCACGGACUUUCGCUGCGGCUGUGCGGGGAGACUUCCCCCCGCGGCGGCCCGAGCUCCCGGCGUCGCGGUGCGGUUGCGCGCGGACUUCCGCCGCAGGCUUCCGGCCCUGGAGCGCCUGGCAGCCGCCCUCUACCUUCCCCUGGAGCCAUGGCCGCAGGCGGUGGGCCGGAAGCUGCUGGACGCCGCGCUCUUGUCCUCCUCCUCUGGCUUCUGCCGCUCGCGGGCCCUGCCCUCGGCUGGAAUGACCCUGACAGAAUAUUGUUGCGGGACAUAAAAGCUCUUACCCUCCAUCAUGACCGCUAUACCACCUCUCGUAGGCUGGAUCCAAUCCCACAGUUGAAAUGUGUUGGAGGCACAGCUGGAUGUGAUUCUUACACCCCAAAAGUCAUACAAUGUCAGAACAAAGGUUGGGAUGGUUAUGAUGUACAGUGGGAAUGUAAGACCGAUUUAGAUAUUGCGUAUAAAUUUGGAAAAACUAUGGUGAGCUGUGAAGGCUAUGAAUUCUCUGAAGACCAGUAUGUACUAAGAGGUUCCUGUGGCUUGGAGUAUAACUUAGAUUACACAGAACUUGGCCUGAAGAAAUUGAGAGAGUCUGGGAAAAACCAUGGCUUUAACUCUUUCUCUAAUUAUUAUGACAAGCUGUACUCCCCAGAUUCUAGUGGCAUCCGUGGAUUGAUUACCAUUCUGGUACUACUUGCUAUUGCUUAUGGAGUUUAUAAAUUGUUCCUUAGUGAUGGUCAAGAUUCUCCUCCACCUUAUUCUGAGUAUCCUCCAAAUUCCUAUCAUUAUCAGAGAUUCACCAACUCAGCAGGACCCCCUCCCUCGGGCUUUAAGUCUGAAUACACAGGACCACAUGGUGCAACUUCUGGUUUUGGCAGUGCUUUCACAGGACAACAAGGAUUUGACAAUUCAGGACCAGGGUUCUGGACUGGCUUGGGAACUGGAGGAAUAUUAGGAUAUUUGUUUGGCAGCAAUAGAGCAGCAACACCCUUUUCAGACUCAUGGUACUACCCAUCUCAUCCUCCUUCCUACUCCAGCACAUGGAAUAGCCGUGCUUACUCACCACUUCGGGGAACCUCGGGUAGCUAUUCGGCAUCAUCAAGCUCAGAGACAAGAACCAGAACAGCGUCAGGAUAUGGUGGUACCAGAAGACGAUAAGAAAGUAAACAGUUGAAGUCAAACGCUGGAAGCAAAAUUUCUGAUUUUUUUCAUCACUUUCUUUAAAAAACAAAAAACAAAAAACAAAAAAACCAAGUACUACCUGCUAACAACCGGGGAAGGGGAGUUUGUUUUUGGUCCUUAUUGCUUUCUAUGCUCUAUAACUUGAGACGUAAGAGCUACUAGAUGAGAAGAUGCUUCUGUAGAGAAUCGUAUGUUAGUGUAAUGUGCACUUGUGUGUAUAGUUUAUGAAAGCGAUGACUACUUUGGAAAGCUUUCAAAAAAUGUUAAUUUCUAAAACCUGAUAUCAUUAAGAAUGAAGGCUUUAUGACUAUUACACCCUGGGUACAGAAAGUGUCAGUCUUACAGGGUUUUAAUCGUUACUUUAUAAAAACGAUAAUAAUCAAUUUGGUAUUUGUUGUGUAGUGUUUACUGUUCUUCAGACAUUUCAAACAAGCUUGGGACUACCAGUUAUACUUACCUGUGUGUUCUUACCACUUUUGAGUCCAGGAGCUUUGAAUCCUUCAGUGGUGGUGGGGUUCAAGUAAGUGAGAAUGACACCCCUCCCCUUUUUUUUUUGGAAAAGGUAGAAAAUAAGUAUCUUAGAAGGUGGUUGUGAAUGAUUUGUGUGCUGACAAAAAUGCUUGAAACCCCCAUAUUCAUUAAGUUCAAAUGUGUUAACAAAGGUGUCUUACUUGCAAAAGCAUGCAGCCCUCUGUGGGACCUCCAAUGUUGUUGUCGCUGACUGUUUCAAUCUUACAUUAAAAUGACAGGAAAAAUAAAAACAAAUAAGGGGUUUAAUUCUUAUUCUUUCUACCAGCUUUGACACAAAAUGGUGUAACCCUUUUGACCUUUUUUCCCAAAGGAAAAGGGGUUCACGCAGUAAUGCUAUCUCCCUAAUUUCCCAUGGUACUCUUGCCUUAGCUACCAGUCCUCAGUAAGUGUCUUCAAAAAAGUAAUUCAGAAAUGGUGUGGAAGGAAUCCUCUGUGAAAAAAUGGCUUAAAAAAAAAAGAAGAAAUCUCCAAGCCUCCCAACUCACAAAGGUUGCACCAUUUGUCCUAGUUGAGCUCUGCAACCUGAAAGGCUUAUUUUUACCUUUUAGGAAUCAUUUAAAAACAAAACUUUGUUUAUUCUUUAAAAUAUGAUUUAGGGGCUAAAUAAACUGCCCUUUCCUUUCAUCAGGAAAACUCGGUAGAAAUCUUCAAUUAUGUCACAGAGGAAAAAAAUAUUUAACUAUGUUGCACUAAAUCCUUACUCCAUUUCUCCUUAUAAAAGGAGAUGGAAUAAAAGAAAAUCCAGUUUAUUACCAUUUUCCCCAUUUGCUUAUUAGUAUUUUGGAUUUUAAUUUACUUUUUGCUAUAGGAAUCAAUAAUCUUGAACUGAGUAUGUUUUACUUGGAGAGCAAAGUAAAAAUUUGUUAAUUUAAAACUGCUGUAGAUUGUGCCAGUGAUAGUGAUCUGCACAUUGAAUUUGCUGUUCAUUUUUUAAUGAAGUGAUUUUUUUAAUUGGAGUAUAGUUGCCAGACAAUGUUACAUUAGUUUCAGGUUCAAUUUCUACUUUUGGACGCAUUAUUUGAGGUCCAUUGGAAUUUUAAGAAAAUAAUGAGUGAAUAGUGGCUUUAGAUUACUCUCAGGAACACUAGCGGUGUUCUUUGAGGCUCUUUCAAAGACUGGAGGGAAGGAAGGGAAAGAAACUGGGCAGUGGGGCUCAAGAUCGUCCACCCCCAACCCCCACUCCUCCUUUAUUAUAUGUUUACAUUUCUUUGUUACUUGUGGAAAUCUAAGACUCAGAAUGAAAGACAAUACAACUGGGCUUCAUUAGUGGGUUGAUAGUCCCCAGUAGGGAUGGCACCAAGGGAAAGAAAGGUACUGAAGUUGGGAGCUUGGUGGGCCUUCCUUGGUGGGUGGGCAUGAAAAAGAGAAAGAGGUGAAACUUUAUAGUUUUACUCACAAGAUGGUUCGGCAGGACUUCAGAUAUUAGGAUGGGAUUGCUGGCAAUUUAACCAGUUAGAUGUGUUUCUGUAGUUUCAUGAAUGCUUCUCUCUGAAGCUCCUUGAUCUCUUGGAUUCUGACCCCAGUCCUCCAAGACUGUCUUAAGUUUAUCUAUGGUUUUUCCAUAACACAUUGUACACACUUUCACUAUUUGUACUUAGUACAUUUUGCUGUAAUUGUCUCUUAAGUGUAGAUCUUUCUUACUACUCUAAGCUUUUUAGGGAAGAAGGCCAAAUACUACUUCUUCCUGCCUUUUGCAGCUAGGGCAUGGUCAUGUGACUAAAUUCUGUCAAUAUUUCUGUCAGAUGCUUCCUCCAAGUCUUUGGAGACAAUGGCACAAAGACCUUAGAGGAGUUCAGAGAUUAUUCCCAGCAGUGAUAGUCAAAGAUUUAGUGGAGGUAUUGGUGAGUGUCUGGUGAUACUUCCUUGGGAGAUGUACUUUUUAAAAAGAUUUUAUUUGUUUGAGAGAGAGUGAGCAGGAGAGAGCACAAGCCAGGGGGCGAGGCAGAGGGAGAGGGAGAAGCAGACUCCCUGCUGAGCAGGGAGCCCAACAUGGGGCUCCAUGCCAGGACCCUGAGAUCAUGACCUGAGCUGAAGGCAGACACUUAACUGACUCAGCCACCCAGGUUCCCCUCCUAGGAAGACAUAUUAACUGGAUAAUUGCUGUGGUAUGUGUUGGCUGGGUUGUGAGCUACCUAGAUGCCCAUGCCCGAAAACCUGCCGCUUCCUAAGCCUGGUUUUUCAGCCUUCCCGUUGGUUCUUUGAACUAUUUAAUACAAAUGUUAAUAAAUUCCUUUUUUGCCCAAUUCAGUAGAGUUAUUUUCUGUUGUUUGCUACUAAGAACCUUUAAUGUAUGAUGAAUCUCCUAAGAUUCUUUCAUUGUAAGCAACAUAUACUGGCUAAUUGUAAUAAAACAUUGUGGUUGACUCCCAA